AUGGAGAGCUCAGAGGCAGGAACAUCAUCAGGAAGCGAGUAUCAAGUGUUCCUAAGCUUCAGAGGGCCCAACACUCGUAGUGAUUUUACCGAUUGCCUCUACCAUAGCUUGACCGAUGUCGACAUCUGCGUCUUUCGAGACGAUGAAGAGCUCCGUGUUGGUGAAAGAAUUGAUGGAGCUCUCCAGAGAGCAAUCAACAACUCUAUGAUCUACAUCCCCGUCUUCUCUCCAACCUAUGCUUCAAGUAAAUGGUGUCUCCGCGAGCUCACGCAGAUUAUGGGGAGCACCUCCAAGACAAACGAGAAUAAAGAGAUCCUACCUAUUUUCUUCAAUGUGGAACCUAAAGAUCUUAAGAUGGAAGACGGGUUGUAUCGCAAAGCCAUUCUCAUUUUGCAGGACAAGAAUAACUUGAGCAUCGAAGAAGUAAAUUCCUGA